ACAAAUUAUGGAGCAGUGCAAGAUGGCUUUAUCUUCCUCUGUUAAUUUGCAGCGACCUCGCCGUGUUACUCCCUCUUUGACCCACGACUUCUCUUCCUCAGUUACCUUCUCUUCAGAAAGCUUAGCAGCCUCAUUCAUGGCAGCCUCAACCCAGCUAAUUGGUGGCAAUUUAACGCACUUGCUGGUUUAAUAUGGAAAGAUAAAAAAGGCCUCAGGUGGAGAGUAUUUGAUGCCAGCGUGGCUUCCAAUGUAACGUGUGGUUCAGUGGUAACCUCCGAUCAGAAGCCAGAGCUAGAUCUUUCUCAUGGACUUAAAGGCAGAGCCGUAGCCACCACCAAUGUGACAUGCGAUUCAGAUGGUAACCUCCAAUCAGAGGUCAGAACUGGAUCUUUCUCAUGUACUCAGAGGUAGAGGUAAAUGUAUGAUUUAGAGGUUUUUUCCAUGCAUGAUACAAUGAUCAAUUCUUUUUGCAUAACUGAGCAGGUAGAUCAUUAAUUUUUUAAAUUUCUUUAAUUUCUUACUUAACCUAUUCUUCUUUAUUGUAUUAUCAUUAUUUUAAAGAAGUUCACUUUUUCUUCUCCACUUCAAUAACUAAUUUCAUUUUCCACGUUGAAGGCAUCUUGCAUUCAAUUCUAUUCAGCUUUUGCCAGCUGUAGUUUGCCGUUUGUGUACCUUUAAUGUUGUUACUCUAUCUUACUCUACAGUUUAGUUUUGGCUUGGAACUUAGCAAAGAAAACUGAAAUGCUCCCUUUGUUUUACAAACAUGUUACAUUGUAAGAUUAUGAUGUUUUAGUGAUGCUACUUAUGAUCUUAAAAUUUAAUACCUCAAUACAUUAAAGUGGCAUACCUUUUGAAUGAUUAAAUGAUAACUAAUGGUGACAUACCUAUUAGAAAUGAGUAUUAUACUUAUAUUUACAACUGUGUUACAAAGAAAAUUGUGAUUGACAUAAGGAGAUAGUGCCCCUCAUUAUUUUUUGUUCGAUCAGUAUCUAAAUCUACUUUACACUUAUUUUGUCUACUUUACACUUUUAGGAGCAUAAUAAGGAAUAUGGCUGAGAAACCUAGACUGUAACUUCAAAUAGUGCAUAAGCUGAAAAUGCAUAUUAGUUCUUAAAGGCCUAGGUUUACGCAGAUAUCAUUGUCCAAUGUCCAUGGCCCUUACGGAAUUUCAUAUUUUCUUUGAAGAUUGUCAAAUUACAGAAGGAGGUUCUUUCAACCAAGUUUUAUGUCUUGGCCUAAACUAUUACGAGAAUUGUUGACGAGACAUUGUUAUAAAGCAAAUUACCAUUGGCACUUCACUAUUAAUGAUAUAUUAUCAAUCGCGCAUGUCUAUUCAUAGAUGAUACACUGAGUUAGAAACUAAAAUUUAACUAUGUAGAUUCUACAAAUCAAGGGCUCAUAAGAAUAUAGGUGGCAUGCCAACGGAUGCCAAAGAUCGUGGAUGGUUGAGAAGUGUUUCCCGCAAGAGAAUUUCAGCAUAUUUUAACAUAGUUAUUAAAAAAAAUUAGCACAAGUCAAACGUCGUUAGUUCAAUAAUUAUUUUCACAUUUAUAAUUUUGUGACAUACAUUUUUCAUAAUUGCAGGAAUAGAAAAGUUUGUAUACGUGUUGGACCUGACUUCGGAUUCUUGGCAAGUCUACUACUGGAACCAUCAAGGACAUGGUUGUUCUGGUCUCCAAGAGUGUCUCCAACUAUGCCAAGUAGCUUCUUCAGAGUUCAUUAGCUGUGGGGCUGCCACGUGGAGACUGACAAGGCAGGUGACAUAGACUUUAUUGUUGACGUGGUCCUAAUUUCCUACCAUGAGGUUUACGAACACAGCAACGUGGAUUUUAAUUACCUCCAUUGCAGUGUACUUACCCCCAGGUUGUGGAACACACCUAAUAUAUGGAGCCCAUGCAGAUUUCUAUUGGCAAGAUAUCAAAUUUGGUUACCCAUGCUCAUGUACCAGACUACAAGUACAAGGCACAUAUAAAAGACUGAUCUUGUAUUAUCUCAGUGAUUGCAACAUCAUGCACAAGUUAUGUUGUGAGCAGGUUUGGAUUGAUGAUAGGCUCUGAGCUCUAUAUUUAGGUGAGUAUGAGCCCAGCUACAACUCUAGAUUCAAGUUAUGGUUGUUCAUAAGGGAAGGAUUAGGUCUGCUAGAUAUAUGUAACUCUGUCUGCUCAAUGGUAAUGUAUUUUGGAUGUUCUCUUCUCUACAGACAAUUUUUUUUGUUGAGGACAGUAGGUUUUGUUUCAUAUUUAGGUUGUUGCGGUUUAAUCCUUAGUUAGUCUUUAUGUUAAUUGGUUUACAACAUUGGCGUUUGGUCCUCGAGAGGGGUUUUGGUUUGGUUAUCUCCUCUUAUAAUAUGCUUUCUUUCUUACUUUCAAUAAACUUUUAAUAAAAAAAUACCUCUAAAAUUUGCUCAGCUAAUAAUAGGUCGGAAGUUUUGAAAUUACUCUCUUGAGAUUUAAGGUUCUUCAAAUUAAUUGGCUUCAGCAUGUUCCAAUGUAACAUCCAUUUUGUUUAUGUUAUGGCAGUUAAGGAUCACGAUUCUGUGUUAAAUUGUUGUGUUUUAGCAGUGUAUUGUCAUUGUUUCACAUUGUUUUUGACAUCAAUGGCGUCCUCCUCAGUGGUAGCAUUCCCACCUGUUGUUCCACUCAUGCUCUCAGACGCCUAUACGAAGAUUGUGGUAACCUUAGCUUCUUACUCACAUUUGAUUUCUGUUUGUUUUACGGGUUAAUUUGUUGUAUUUUUGAGUUAAAACCCUGCUUUGGGCUGGGUCAAAAUUAGAACCAAAUUAAGGUAAACAUAUGGUUCUGAGGAGAGUGACUACACACAGACCAAAAUGAAUAUAAAUAUAGACAUGAGUUGUAUGGAUUUUAGAGUGAUUUAAUAUCAAAAGUGGGGUAGGUAUGAAAAUGGUUAGGGAGUGAAUUAACAUUAUUUGGGUAGGGAAAUUUGUUGCUCUUGAAAUUUGCCGUUGGUGAAAUUUCCCCUCUCAUUGUUGCUUUUGAAAUUUGCAGUUUAAAAGUCAAUGCUACCCCAAAUUCUUACAACACACAUUCUGUGUUAGAGCAUGGAAAAAUUACUACUGUAUAAAAAGUGUUAAUAUGUCAAUGAUGUUUAUAAGCGAAGGAGCCAAUUUGAUGGGAGUAAUAAGCCAUUUAAAGUACCAUAAUCAAUAGGCAUAUUGGUUAUAGAACCACUAUGUCCUCAUGAUCCCAGUAAAAUUCAUUAUCCUUUUUAAAAAUUCAAUAAUUAGAGUAACUAAUGCAUAUACAAUAAAUACCGUACUCCCAAAAUAUCUAGAGGGGCGUUCUCCAGUGUGUGGCAUUUCCAAAGCUAUUAAAUCUUAAACUUCCCAAAUACUAUCCUGCUUUGAUUUCAUUUUCAUAUUCAAAGCAUAAAAAGUUGUCUUACUUGGAAGUUGUGUUCAGUAUUUUACUCUUGCGAAUAAAGGAUUAUUUCCUCAUGUUACCAUGUGGUAUAAGCACUCACCCAUAAGGUCGGGAUUGACUUAUAAUGGGUUUACUGGGUUUUAAUCAUGGCCAGGAUGGGAUUGCAUAAUGCAGAAGUCAUAGGGUUCAAGGUAUUUAUAUGCUGCAAACUUGUAUAUAACAUUUACACAUACUAUUUAAGUUUGCUUUUA